AUGCUGAGACUAUUUGCAACGUGGUUGGUGACCGACGGUCGUCUCUGUUCGCAGAUCGAGGAGCUCGCAAAGACGGAGCAUCACUUUGUGGUUGUAAGGCUCUUAAGUGAGAGUGUCUUGUCCGGAGAGCACGAAGUUCUCGGAAAUGUCGUGGUCCCGAUCAGCAGGAUAGAAACACAUGCUGAGCAGAAGGAGGGGGGAUGGUAUGAAGUCCGCACGCCUAAGAAGCAGAUGUCUAAGGUGGAGCUUCACUUUGAGAUGAACGAGGUGCUGCUGUGCGGUGGAGGUUUGCAAGCGCUGAGUUGGGGGCUGCAGAAGCCUCAGCCUCCUCGGACCAUCAAGAGAGGAUGGUUCUGCUGCCCGCAGCUACAUGGUGACAGAUGA